AUGCUUCGGCUUCUGGUGACUCUAGCGGCUGUCAAGGCUGCUACCGUUUGCCAGGACGACCUUACCACCCCUUCGACCGACACCCACGCAGCGGGAUCCAUAUUGCUACAAAGUUCCCAGACCAGAGACCGCGAUAGACAGGUUUGGGACGGCAACACUAAGCUGAACGCUUCUCGAAGCGAGAAAAGCUAUGCCUUCCUUCCUUGGGAAGUGCUUUACCUUCUACAGGGCGACCGUCAGCUUUUGUGGGAUGCACCGCAAGCCCCAGAAGCAGGCUUUGCAUCGCUGCUGAUCUGUUUAUCCUGUAUUCUGCUGACAGUUUGCCUUUGCGCAUGGAGUCUUGCGAGCGCUGGGGAUGAUCCGAUCAAGGGCACAGGCCGAGCUUCGCUGCCUUCCAUGCGGCCGAGCCUGGAGCCUUCACGGGGCCAAUGCAGACCGCCCGAAGGGCCGUGGCCGCAGUCCCCUCCCCCGACGCCAUUGCCUGAGGAGGCGAGCCUUAGCCUGCGGCAACGGACAUUUACGAGCGUUUGCUGUCCGGAUUUGGUGGUGCCCAUUGGCUCUCAGAGCAUCGUGGGCGUUCCUAGCCUGGCGGCCGUGGCAGCUUUGGACGCCGGAGAUGUUCUGGAUAUCGUGGAUCCGAUCGGCAUGCCACUCCUCAAGGUUGAGCUUCAGCUUCGACCGGGCGCUGAAGGUGCCCGCAUUCGUGGUCCCGGAGUGCGAGGGAGCUCCGGUACGGAGGCACCGCUCCUGGUGCUCCGGAACCUUCGACCGGAACCCCGAGGAUCGUUGCUGAACAUCAACGUCACGGGCGACCUGGCUGCAGCAGCAAAACAACUAAGCAGUUUGGGCUCAGCUGGAGGUUGGGUGAAUACAUCGGCUAUGGCCUUGGCUUUUCUGCGGACAUCUGGAGGCCAGGAGAGGUUGGAGAUCUGCAGCCCCGACUUGAGCAUCUUCGCCUCCUUAGCGCAGGAGCCAAGCGGCAAGUUUGUUCUGAGAAGCGGGAGCGAGGAGACCCUUUGUAUGAUCUUCCACAGCACCUUCUUCCGCGAAUCGCAACACAAUGCCAUAGCUGUGACUGAUGGCAGCAACCAGGUGCUGUCGAGAACAUGUGCCGCCGACUUGCAAGUUCCGGAGCCUGGCAGAUUCUACAGCCUGCAGGUCUUUUCCGGAGUGGACCUUGGAGUUGUGCUAUGCUGCCUCUUUUUCAUGGAGGGCCGGGCCAUAGAAAUUUUCUGA